GGGUGCAUGGGGUCUCUUUGGGAUUAUUUGGAUUCUGCUCUCCUUCAAAUGGCAGUCCAUAGGUCUGUCUAUAUAUGCUUCUGACCCUACUACAACGUAGUAACCCUUCCAUCCCAUUUACAGCUCUCUCUGAGGUGGGUUCAAAGCUUCUUGGGAGCAUCAAUGGCGGUUUUUGUGGUGGUUUUCUGUGUGGUUUUGGGGUUCUGUAUCUGCUGCACAGCCUUGUUGAGAUGGAAUGAGGUGAGGUACAGGAAGAAAGGCUUGCCUCCAGGAACAAUGGGGUGGCCUUUGUUUGGAGAGACUACAGAUUUCUUAAGGGAAGGACCUAACUUCAUGAAAAAACAGAGAGCAAGGUAUGGAAGCUUUUUCAAAUCCCACAUAUUGGGCUGUCCUACAAUAGUUUCCAUGGAUCCAGAGCUCAACAAAUAUAUAUUGUUGAAUGAAGGAAAAGGUCUAGUUCCUGGAUACCCACAAUCCAUGUUGGAUAUCUUAGGGAAAUGCAACAUAGCAGCUGUGCAUGGCUCUGCUCACAAGAAAAUCAGAGGAGCUUUACUUAACAUCAUCAGACCCACCAUGAUCAGAGACCAUCUUCUGCUAACAAUUGAUGAGUUUAUGAGAUCCCACCUCAGCAACUGGGAUGGAAAAAUUAUUGAUAUCCAAGAAAAAACUAAAGAGAUGGCAUUGCUCUCAUCACUUAAGCAGAUUGCUGGUGUUGAUGCUGAUUUGGUUAGAGAAGCCUUUAAGCCAGAGUUCCAGAAGCUAGUACUAGGAACCAUUUCACUGCCUAUCAAUCUUCCUGGGACAAAUUACCACAGUGGGUCUCAGGCCAGAAAAAAUAUCAUCAAACUGUGGGCAGAAAUCUUACAGAGAAGACGCGAUUCUCCUAAUAAUACCUGUAAAGACAUGCUUGGUUUCCUAAUGAAAACUGAAGACCAUCACUCCAGGUACAAACUCAAUGAUGAAGAGAUAGUUGAUCAAAUAAUUGCAAUCCUGUAUUCUGGUUUUGAAACUGUCUCCACUACUUCAAUGAUGGCUGUCAAGUAUCUCCAUGAUAAUCCAAGAGCACUUCAAGAACUCAGGGAAGAACAUUUGGCCAUUAGAAAAGAAAAGGGGUCAGAGGAUCCGGAAAAGGGGUCAGAGGAUUCGAUCACCUGGAGUGACUAUAAAUCAAUGAGUUUCACUCGUGCGGUGAUACUUGAAACAGCAAGAUUAGCUACUGUUGUUAAUGGUGUGUUAAGAAAAACAACUCAAGAAAUGGAACUGAAUGGAUAUAUUAUUCCAAUAGGAUGGAGAAUAUAUGUGUACACAAGGGAGAUCAAUUACGAUCCCAUCUUAUAUCCAGAGCCUUUCACCUUCAAUCCCUGGAGAUGGAUGAUGGAUAAGAAAUUGGAGACUCACAACUACUUCUUGUUAUUUGGAGGUGGAGGUAGGCUAUGUCCAGGGAAAGAAUUGGGUAUUGUAGAAAUAUCCACAUUUCUUCACCACUUUGUCACUAGAUACAGAUGGGAAGAAGUUGGGGGAGAUAAACUAAUUAAGUUUCCUAGAGUUGCAGCACCUAAUGGGCUACAUAUAAGGGUUUCAAAUUACUGACUCUCAAUGUACAAAAAAAAAAAGUAUAGCAUAUUGAAGGAAUUUGAUGCACAAUAACGGUUUAAAAUAUCAAUUAAAUAAUUUAGUAUCUUUUUUUUUU